GCACUAGGCGGGCGGCGGGCGCGGAGCCACCGGAGCUCUCCAGGGUGCUGGGGCGCUGCCCGCCCGCCUUCCCGCGGGAGGGGCGCGGCCGCCCUCGCCCAUCGAGCCGCUCCGCCGAGCCCCUCCGAUGCCUCGGACAGCACCGCUCCCGGGGUCCGCCGCGCCUGCGAGCAGCAUGGCCCGGAUUAGGUACCUCCGCGCGGCUGUGUCGGGCUUUUAUCUGUGGGAAGCUGCGCUACUUCUCAGCUUGGUAGCCACAAAGGAAACGGACAGUGCAAGAUCUCGUAGCAUGCCAAUGUCACCAUCGGAUUUCCUGGAUAAGCUAAUGGGUAGGAUGUCAGGCUACGAUGCAAGGAUCAGACCAAAUUUCAAAGGUCCUCCAGUUAAUGUCACAUGCAACAUAUUUAUAAACAGCUUUGGGUCCAUUGCAGAGACAACCAUGGAUUACCGAGUGAACAUCUUUCUCCGUCAGAAUUGGAAUGAUCCACGCCUUGCAUACAGCGAAUAUCCAGAUGACUCUUUAGAUUUAGAUCCAUCCAUGUUGGAUUCAAUUUGGAAACCUGAUUUGUUCUUUGCUAAUGAAAAAGGUGCCAACUUUCAUGAAGUUACAACAGAUAAUAAAUUGUUGCGGAUAUUCAAAAAUGGAAAUGUACUUUAUUCCAUCAGGUUGACUUUAAUACUGUCCUGUCCGAUGGAUCUCAAAAAUUUUCCAAUGGAUGUGCAAACAUGUAUAAUGCAGCUGGAAAGCUUUGGAUACACAAUGAAUGAUCUCAUUUUUGAGUGGCAAGAAAAGGGAGCAGUUCAAGUAGCAGAAGGUCUCACUCUGCCACAGUUUCUGUUGAAAGAAGAAAAGGAUUUAUGUUACUGCACCAAGCAUUAUAAUACAGGAAAGUUUACAUGUAUUGAAGUCCGAUUUCACCUUGAGAGACAGAUGGGUUACUAUCUCAUCCAGAUGUACAUACCAAGCCUAUUGAUUGUGAUUCUCUCCUGGGUGUCAUUUUGGAUCAAUAUGGAUGCAGCUCCAGCCAGAGUGGCUUUAGGCAUAACAACUGUGCUGACCAUGACAACACAAAGCUCAGGUUCACGAGCAUCUCUUCCAAAGGUGUCAUAUGUCAAAGCCAUUGACAUCUGGAUGGCAGUGUGUCUGCUCUUUGUAUUUUCUGCACUUUUGGAGUAUGCAGCUGUAAACUUUGUAUCAAGGCAGCAUAAAGAACUUCUGCGCUUCCGCCGCAAAAGGAAGAAGAGCAAGUAUUUUGAGGGAAUUCUUGAUGGAAAUGAAAUCAGUGAAUCAUUACAGCAUAGCAAUGGCUUGAGAUGUACAGGACCUAUAGACGGGACUUUGCCUCAAAUCUACAGUACAAAUUUAAGGGAUGAGGAUGCACGUGAAAGUCAGUUUAGCUUUACAGCAUAUGGAGUGGGCCCAUGCGUGCAAGCAAAAGAUGGAAUGACACAAAAGGGGCCAAAUAAUCCUGUUCAAGCUGUACCAAAAAGCCCUGAUGAGAUGAGAAAGGUGUUCAUUGACCGGGCCAAGAAAAUAGACACAAUAUCCAGAGCUUGUUUCCCAUUAGCCUUUCUGAUUUUCAACAUUUUUUAUUGGGUAAUUUACAAAAUCAUCAGGCAUGAGGACAUUCACCAAUAACAAGACUAAGGCUUGCAAUACAUAAAGAUCUGGCUGUCACACUCGACCAGAAGAUUUUUGUUAGAAAUGCACAUCAGAGGAGUCACUGGAAGAGUUAAAAACACUGAGGUGGUGAAAAAAGAUCCUGUGUGGCCUGCAAUGACCAGGAUGGAAGAAUGACACCCAGAAAAGAUACAUCUGCUAUUGCAAACUUUCCUUGUAAAACUAAAUAUUAACAAAUUUUUCAUUGUAAAUCACUCUCUACUGAAGCUUUACUGCCAAGUAUUUGUACAUACUGUUACACAGUGGUAUAACUGUACAGUACUCUCUGAUGGUCCUUAUUUUUUUUUUAAUUCUAAUGUAUUUUUAAUUUUAAAAAUUGUUCCUGAGUACCUUACGUAAAUCCCACAGUAUUACAGAAUAGAUUAGUGUUUGUAACCUUGAUUUCAACUUUACAAUAUUAUGACAAAUUACUGAUUGGACAAAAAAUUUAAAGGACUUGAUCUAGUCUUAAGGACAGUACUGGUGGUUUUACAAUGAAUAUAUUUGACAUAUUUAAGUCAUAUAAUUUACUAAAUGUAUUUAUAUUACUGUUCCCCUGGAAGCUGUUUAUUGAAAUAGUCUCUGACAGCACAAAGUAUACAGCCUAAUAGUCUGCCUAUCACAUGAGAAAUAUAUUAAAAUUUGUAAGGUA